AUGGCGAUAAUAUCCCCUGGAGGCUCCAAUAAUUGCCUGUUAUCUCGCCUCAGAGCCCUAAUAAAACAACAGAGACUCGUCCAUGCAUUGUCUGAAGGAGGAUUGCAAGCUCAAUUUCACACUAAAAUGGUGCCAGACUCGGUUCCUGACAAAGGCUGCAUUGAUAUGUCAAAAUGGAAAAAGUUGGAUUCGAGGAACCUUGGGAUAAAACCCUCCAUGGUUUCGCAACCCUCUUGGAUUGUCUUAAAAAUUCUUCAGAGUGAAGGGUUUGAAGCCUACUUAGUGGGUGGAUGUGUCAGAGACUUGAUCCUCAAAAGAAUACCUAAAGACUUCGAUGUGAUCACUACAGCUAAUCUUAAACAGAUCAAGAAGCAAUUUUAUCGUGCAGAAAUUGUUGGACGACGAUUCCCUAUAUGCAGGGUGCAUGUUAAAGGUUCUGUCAUUGAGGUGUCCAGUUUUGAAACGGUGGCAAAACAUGCUGGAAAAAAGGAAGCUGAUUCCCCUUGUAGGCCACCUGGCUGUGAUAAGAAAGAUUUCAUCCGUUGGAGAAACAGCAUGCAUCGGGACUUCACUAUUAACAGUUUAUUCUUUGAUCCUUUUGCAAAUAAGAUCUAUGAUUAUGCCAAUGGAAUGGCGGACUUGAGGUCCUUAAAGCUACGGACGUUAGGCUCUGCCAAGUUGUCAUUUGAAGAGGAUUGCGCACGAAUCUUGCGGGGUUUAAGAAUCGCUGCUCGUCUGAGUUUGUCAAUAUCAAAAGAAACUGAGACUGCGAUGCAUCGGCUUUCUUCAUCCAUUUUAAAGUUGGAUAAGUCCAGAAUAAUGAUGGAGUUGAACUAUAUGCUCUCUUAUGGAGCUGCUGAGCCAUCAUUCUGUUUGCUAUGGAGAUUCGAUCUACUCAAAAUUCUACUUCCCUUUCAUGCAGCAUACUUUGAUCAGCAGAGCAAAAAUAUGAAAACUGCUCAGAGUUCCACGAUGUUGACGAAGCUUUUCUCUAGUUUGGAUAAAGUGCUUAGCUGUGAUCGACCUUCUGAAUCCACUUUAUGGGUCGGACUGUUGGCAUUUCACCUUGCACUAGUCAAUAACCCACAAGAUGCUCUUGUAGUGUUGACUUUUGCUUCUGUCCUGUAUCAUGAAGAAUGGGAAGAUGGUGUUAAAUUUUCCAGAGACAAUGCUGAAGGGAUCGUUAAUUAUGUACCUGAGAUCUUAUGCUCAUCUGAAUUUAAAUCAGACAAAGAACUUGCAAAAGAAGUUUCCCAGUUAGCUUCUUUUGUGCUAGAUUCUAUUUCCACUUUAACUGCAACAGAGAGUCUUAUUGAAUCAAUGUCCAGAUAUCCUCUUUUCCCAUGCUCUGGGUUGGAGGUAACCCUUGUAGUGGUUCUUCUUAAAAUGUUCGUUGGAGUGCUUGUAUUUGUACCAAAGAAAAUGGCUGAAGAGGUUGCUGAAAUUUUUAAAGGGCUGGUGAACAUCAAAUCUUACAAUAAAGGAAGGAAGAGUUUUCAGAUUGAUUACCACUCACUUGGGAAAGGCUAUUUGAGUGAGGUUAGGUUUGUUAUUGGAAAAGUUAUUUUAGAAACCAUGAACAGUGGGAUUUUGCAAGGGAAGGAAGUUGUUCAGGAGUUGGACUGCCACCUGCUGCAGGAGAACGUUAAAAAUUACAAUAAGGGUAGAAAACGUAGCCUUAUACCAGAUACCCCUGAAGUAAAACAAGAGAUGUCCAAGAAACUGAAGUUGAAAGAACAGAAAUGCAAUCUGUUCAAGCAAGAUACAGCUAUCGUUAAGCAAGAGGUCGUUGAAUUGUGUCAAGCACCUCAGAGAGAGUUAAUUGCAGUUCUGGGAAAUAUGUUGGAGAAGAGAAAAUGUCAGUUACCGGAAGAGGAGGGGAUUAAGAAAAAUCAGGAGCUUUCUGAGGAUGAGAAGUUCCAGAAUAAGGGAGAGAAGAAGAUGUACUUGAAGACGAUAGAGAAGCUGCAGGAAUGUAUGCCACCUGAUAUGGCUACCAAACAGCAAUUAAACAAAGUUAAGAAGCAUAAUUCAAGUCAGGAUAAUUCAAGUCAGGUGGAUACCAUUAAGCUGAAAAACAUGUUUCAGAAGAAAACACAGAAAGUGAUCAGUGAGGAGAUUGUGGAAGACAGACAAGUAACAGACAAGGGGAAAGGCAGUCUACCUCCGUUACCUAGUGUCGUCAGCAGUGAGGAGAUUCAGAAACGCAAACAAGUAGCAGACAACAAGAAAGGCGGUCUACCUCGACUAUCUAGUCUCUUUAAGAGAUAA